CUCAAACACCCACAAGCACAAAGUUGAGAGAAAAGGAAGACAAAUUUGCUCACAUCACCAGCUAUGUAUGCACAGUCUCCUCAACUUUAGAGGCUGCUCUGCUUUCCUCCCAAUUUAUAAGCAGCGCAUCUCUGCUCGAUCUCCCGCUCCAUUCAUUUUAGCAAAGAAACUAGUAGAAUCCACCAAUGCAAUCGCAGACCUUCCGGCCUUCUCCUCCCCUUCCAAGCAUGCAACGCCACGGCACCCGCGGCGCCGCCGCCUGUGGCAUUGCGUACCACCACUCCGGCGGCUUCGGAGCCGCCGGCGUGCUCCUGCCACAGGACUACGAUCCUCGCAUCACGCAUGGGCAGUACGGUUUCGCUUCGUUAGCGGACAUGGUAGCUCCAUACACUAGCUGCAAUGGCGGCGACAGCGACCCCGCCGUCAGCUGGUCGUCCCCAGGGGACGGCGAGGUGCACGGUCAAACCACGGGCUGCGGCAACGGCGACGAGCGGAAGACGAGGCGGCUGGCGUCAAACCGCGAGUCGGCGAAGCGAUCGCGGGUGAGGAAGCAGAGGCGGCUGGACGAGCUCUCGUCCCGGGCAGCGCGGCUCCGUGCGGCGAACCAGAAGCUCCUCGUCGAGCUCAACCGUGUGAUCGCGGAGCAUGGCCGCGUGGCCCGCGAGAGCGCCCAGCUCCGGCAGGAAGCCUCGGAGCUGCGGAGGAAGCUCGAUGGCAUGGGAGUAGAUGAGGCUGAAUUAGCUGCUGCAGAGUGUACAGAGGAGAGACCAGAAAUAUAGCUUAGGUGUAGAAAUGCACCGUGUCGCCAUUAGUAUGGCUCGUAGCCAGGUGGACAUAAUACUACUACUAAUGUGGCGACCGAUUAUUUUCCCUCUAUGUUGAAAUGGAGCAUAUAACAUAUUAUUACGAGACAGAUAAA